ACUUGUCAUUUCAUUUAUGAUCAUAUGGAACAUUUGAAUGUUUGAUAUUGUUAGACUUUGCCGGUAUGAAUGUUACUUGUGUAAUUUGUGCUGAAUUAUUUAUUCCCGAUGAAGAAAUCUAUUUUACACAAUGCGGACACGUUUUUCAUUAUCACUGUUUAAUGAAUUGGAUAGAAAGAUCAAAAAGUUGUCCUCAAUGUAGACAAAAACUAUCAGAAAAAACUAUAUAUAAAGUUUUCUUCAAUUUCUGCAACAAAGAUUCUAAUUUAGACGCCACCAGUUUGACGUACAAAUUAGAAAAUGCGAAUUUUACUUUGUCGUUAAAAGAAAAAGAAUUGAAAAAAGUUAUAGAACAGAACCAGAAACUGGAAGAAAUCAAUAAAUCCUUGAGAAGAGAAAUAGCAAAGAUAGAAACCGAAGGAAAGGGAUUACAAUCUACUAUACUUGCUAUUAAAGAGCAGGUAACUCAUUACAAAAAUAAAUGUAAGGAAGUGGAUGUGUUGUCUAGUGAAAUUCUAAAAUUGAAGAAUAAGAUAAAGGACAUGGGGAAUAUAGAAUUGGUUAUAAACGGGUCUAGAGAUCAAGUUAAUGAUAUUUUGAGGGAAGAACACAAUGUUGAAUCUUUGGCUUUGUUAACUGUUACUUUGAAGAAGGCACUAGUCGAUUCUGAAAGAAAAGCCUUACAACUAGAUUACAAAUUAAAGAGAUACAAGAAUGAAAUAAGUAAACAAAAAAAAGAUGUAUCAUUGUUGGAGUCUCAGAAUGCGGACAUGAGGAGAGAAAUGCAACAGAUCAAAAUGAAAAACGAAAAGGAAAACAUUAUGUUGAAACAGAAAAUAAAAGCCUUUGAGGAAAACAACAUGUGUGCAACUAAGAAAAUGGAUUUAAUACAAGAUAAACAAAACUCUAAUGUUUUACCAUCUUCAGUGGACGAAAGCCUGCUGAAUUUAGUAGCUUCAGAUUCCCCAUACUUGCCGGUAAAAAAUAAAUUCAGACCGUUUUUAGAGACGAAAUUUCAAGCUCCUACGAACGUUUCAUCCAGUGGAUCUACCAAUGCGUCAUCAAGUAAAAACUAUUCGAUAUUCAAAUUGAGUCGAAAUUUAACAUCCGAUAAACAGAAAGCGUCUACUUCUGAGGUAUCUUACGACGGUUUGGGGGGAUCUAGUAAGGAGGAUAUUUAUCCUACGCCAAAGAAAGUACAAAAAGGAGUAAAGAGGACCAAGAAAUCUACGUUACCGACUGUUAAAUUUAAAAAGUUUGCUCCUUUAUCCGUUAAGCCUAAAGUUGUAGACUUAAUCAAUUUAGAUUCUGAAGAAAAUAUUUAAUUUUAUCAUAUCAUGUUUCUCGCUCCUAUUAUAGUUUUUAUAGUCCAAGUAGGAGAAAAGUACCUGAAUUGUUCCCGUUUUUUGUGUUUUUUAUUGAAUAAAUUUAUUUUUUUA